AUGGCCUCUACUGCCACAGCGGCUGUAGCCUCUUCUUUCUCUACAUCCACGCAACUGUUUAUCCGCACCCGCUUGAAAAACUGGCCUUCUGAUCCUCUUUUUAAACUUGCAACCACACCACCCAAGUUACAAGUUGCAUCAUUAUCUCACUCGCUUGGGUUUGAACAAAUAUCAAUCGGUGCAGUUUCACAGAAGUGGCGGUUGCCGAGGAUAUCGGCUGCGGUGGCGCAGGAGGAGGCGGCUGUCACGGCUCCGGUGGAAGAGGAGCCAGUGGAGGCGGAGAAGAAGCAGGAGGAAGGAGAGGUAGUAGUGUCAACUGGAGGAGAGGCUACUGAGGAUGCUACUGUAAACACCAAGCUUUAUUUUGGAAAUUUGCCAUAUCUUUGUGAUAGUGCACAACUUGCCGGAAUAAUUCAAGACUAUGCUAGUCCAGAGCUAGUUGAGGUUCUUUAUGACAGAGAUACUGGAAGAAGUAGAGGAUUUGCAUUUGUGACAAUGAGCAGCAUUGAAGACUGCAAAGUAGUCAUUGAAAAUCUUGAUGGAAGUGAAUAUGGUGGCAGAACGUUGAGGGUGAAUUUUUCUGACAAGCCUAAACCGAAAGAACCUUUAUAUCCAGAAACUGAGUACAAGCUUUUUGUUGGGAAUUUAGCCUGGACAGUCACAUCUGAGAGUUUGGCACAAGCGUUUCAAGAAUAUGGAAAUGUUGUGGGAGCUAGAGUUCUCUAUGAUGGAGAGACAGGAAGGUCCCGUGGCUAUGGAUUUGUAAGCUAUGCAACAAAAACAGAGAUGGAUACUGCCCUCGAGUCUCUUAAUGGAGUGGAAAUAGAAGGACGGUCAAUGAGGGUUAGCCUAGCACAAGGCAAACGGCAAUAA